ACACCCACGGCCGAACCAAGUGGCCUUAAAUUAGUCUUCCUCUCCCAACCCCAAAGGUUAUAUAUGGUGGUGCAGCUCGUCUCGUUCUCACCCCCAUUGGUGGAAAGGAAAGGGACCGGACCUGACCCCUCUCUCCGAUCUCCAUAGGACUUGUUGAGCUUCAAGCAGCUAGUAGCCAAGCACUAGCAGUCCUUUGGGCUUUGGUUUGGAAGAAAGGCAUCCCAAUCCUUCCCAAGCAAUCUGCAGAUGGCGACGCAGUGGUUCUCCAACAUGGUGAUGGACGAGCCGAGCUUCUUCCACCAGUGGCAGUCCGACGCGCUGCUGGAGCAGUACACGGAGCAGCAGAUCGCCGUGGCGUUCGGGCAGGGGGAGGUGGACCAUGCAGCGGCGACGGCGGCGGCGGCGCUGAUGCCGCUGCAGCACGUCGCCGCGGCGGAGCACCGCCCGCGCAAGGCGGCCAAGGUCAACACCAGCUGGGACUCGUGCAUCACGGACCAGGGCUCCCCCGCGGACUCCUCCCCGACCAUCCUCUCCUUCACCGGCCACGCCGCGUCCGUGUUCGCCAAGGCCGAGGCGCAGAUGCCGGGAGCCCCGUACUACGGCGCUCCCGUGAAGGCGCCCAAGCACGAGGUGGACGCGGGCGUGCGGCCGUUCCAGGCCCAAGCGCGCACGGUCACGCGGAGCUACGACGCCAUGGUCGAGGCCGCCGUCGAGCCCAUGAAGGCGCCGGUGACCUCCCGGCCGGCAUCCCACAACCAGGACCACAUCCUUGCCGAGCGGAAGCGCCGCGAGAAGCUCAGCCAGCGCUUCAUCGCCCUUUCCAAGAUCGUCCCUGGCCUCAAGAAGAUGGACAAGGCGUCGGUGCUCGGCGACGCGAUCAAGUACUUGAAGCAGCUGCAGGACCAGGUGAAGGGCCUGGAGGACGAGGCUCGCCGGCGGCCGGUCGAGACAGCGGUGCUGAUCAAGAAGUCCCAGCUGUCCGCCGACGACGACGACGGCUCAUCCUGCGACGAGAACUUCCUGGGCGGCGAGGCCGGCACGCUGCCUGAGAUCGAGGCCCGGGUGUCGGACCGCACGGUGCUGGUCAGGAUCCACUGCGAGAACCGCAAGGGCGCGCUCAUCACAGCGCUGUCCGAGGUCGAGCGCAUCGGCCUCACCAUCAAGAACACCAAUGCGCUCCCCUUCACCACCUCCUCCCUCGACAUCACCAUUAUGGCCAUGGCUGGUGACGACUUCUGCUUGUCUGUCAAGGAUAUUGUCAAGAAGCUAAAUCAAGCGUUCAAGUCAUCUUUCUGAAGGGUUUAGCUCCUGAUCAAUUUUAAUUUAGGCCAACUUUUUCCCCAUUAGCCUUGAGGAUUUGAGGCUAAUGGUUAGGUUCUUAUGUUCUUCCCUGCCGGUGCUUCUGAAGAGAGUUGCUUGCAGUCCACCCCCGCCCCAAAAAAAAAGGAAGCCAUUUCCACUGUUUUUUUUGCUGCAUGGGUGCAGAUAAAUCACCUAGUUACCUACCCUCUUCUAUUUUCUGUCCCUCCACUUUUUGCAUGGUUUCAUCAGGCAGUCACUCCAUGUUCUUGGGAGGGAGGAAAGUUUUAAAAGAAGAGACCUGUCUUUUUCUAGGGCUUGUUAAUUAUCUGGGGGGGUCUUGACUUUUACAAAACCUCGUUUUCAUUUCUCCCCUUUGAAAAUGUUGCCCUUGCACCUUGUUUUCUAUGAGAAGACUGUGUUUUUCAAUCCCAAGGCACCUACGUUUGCCGUCCUCUCAAUCUUUAUCAAACUCUGUUCCCAGAAAGCUUCAAUUGUGGAGAAAAUGGUGCCUUAUUUUUUUUCAAGCUCUGAGGGGGACUUUGCAAGCCUUAAUUCAGAAGUACAGUAGGGGUGCCUCUGUCUUUUUGAGGGUCCUACAAAUUGGCCACAGCUUGAUGGACCCUUUGCUUGUAGUUUUCACAUGUGGAUUUUUGCUGUCACAGGAUCAAGAUGUAGUUGUGCUCUCUUUACUUGCAUGCAAGCAUAAAAAUAAAUAAAUGUGCUCUCUUGUUAGCUUCA